UUUUUCACAAUUUUUUAUUUAUUUAUUUAUUUUUUAAUUUAAUGCUGUACCAAACGACAUGCAAAAAGGUAUAUAACGAUAUCAGGCCGUGUACUUCACUAGACGACUGAUAAAACGCUAUCCUGCUCUACAUCAAACCCCACCAUUCCAUAUUUGAACCUCAGGUACGCCAUAACCUCCUCAUUCCCGAUGGUUUAUCAUAAUUUUGAUUUUCACUCUUUUUCCGUUUGGUUCCCGAGAAACCAAUCGAAAUAGGCGGUCUCUUAUGUGCGUAACUAAAAGAACUUGAGCUGUUUUUUUGGCUGUGGCAUUAAUACAAACAUCUAAACUACCAGCUCAAAUGGAACGGCCUUAAAUGGUCAAGAACACUUAGCUUUCCCUCUGCAACUCUUCCAAUUCUUCUGAAACUGCCAUCUUUCUUCCUUGGAAAACAAAAAUUCACAUUGACUUGUUAGUUUCCCAAAAUUGUUUGAACUUCUUCAGGGUGGGGCAGUGUUGAGAAACUAGAAUGAGUGCUAGUAGUUUGGUUGCAGAGGCAGUGUGGAAAGAAAUUCAAUCAACUGGUUCAGUUACAGAUGAUCAGCUAUCCAUUUUGCAUUUCUUGUUUGGUAAAAACUUUGAGCGAGCAACUAAGAUUGUGGAUCAAAGAGGUGUCAAGAGGGUCUCAGGACACCCUAGUGGACGUUCGGUCUUUCAGGUUGUGGGAGAAUCACGAAGGAAGGAGGAAUAUUUAUGUUUUGCAGAAGAGUUUUGUGCCUGCUAUUCAUUCUUCUAUGACAUUGUGAACAGAGGAGAGCAGCUUUGUUGUAAGCAUCAAUUAGCAGCAAGGCUUGCUGCUUCACUGGGAUCAUGCAUUGAAGUAAAGGUAUCUGAUGAACAGCUAGCAUUUUUACUUUGUAACCUCUAGAAUUCAAAUACAAUUUUUAGGAAACAUUAGACUUGUGGUGCCUCUUGAGUGAAGUUUAUUUUUAGUUUGUUUUGUUUAUCAUUCUUAUAUAUAGUCUUUCUUCGUAACAUCCCUGUAUUGUAUUCUUUACUUUGCAAUUUUAGUGUUUUGGUAUAAAUUUAUUACUAUUAUUUCUAAUAAUAAUAGUAAUUCCAACC